GGUAAGUCACGUGAUAUAAAAUGUACAGCGUAGUGAUGUUUAUUUUGAUCUGACGGGACUUACUUAAGUUAAAAAAAGUACUGCUUGACUACAUUCAGUAUAUUCUUUUUCAGUAAUGUUGCUUUUUAUCUAUCCCAAUUUAUAGAUUUGAUAUGUUAUUACCUGCCUGCACGUUUUGGUUGCAGCAGAGGUGAAAUUGUUUUUGUUUUAUGAGACAGUAAAGUUUAUGUUAUUUGUUCAUUUUAGAAAUAUACAGAAAUCUAACUAAUCUAACUACAAUAAGUUGAUUAGAGCAAAGAUACAUAUUUGUGUCUCCCAGGCUGCAUCUUCAGAGACAAAUGGCAUCUGUGCCUCUGCAAUGGCAGGCAGCGAUGACAGUGAUGAAGAAACCAGUCAAGAGGAGGAGAUGAUCACAAGCUGGAACGACCUGUCCAUUGUAGAAAGAGUCGGACUCAAUAGUUUGGAGAUGUCGGAAAAAGAUGUAGAGGCGGCGUUCUGUCAGAUCACCCUGGCUUUCCGCUGUGACCAGUACACACUGAAACAGAGGCUGCAGGCCGAAGAGCAUGCACGAAACCUGGCCGAGGAGAACGUGCAGCUGGAGCUGGCCCGGGGCAGAGAGACCCUGGAGAUGCUAAAGGCUCUGUGUCUAGACAGUAGACGCAGUACAAUCCUGCAGAAGCUGGAGCUGUCUCUGGACAUUUUGGGCGGGACAGUGGAGCGGAUCUCUAACACAGCAGAGGUGCUGGGGGCAGUGCACCAGGAGGCACGUGUGAGUCGAGCGGUGGACCUGAUGGUGGCCCAUGUGGAGAACCUGAGGAGGAAAUACGAAAGGAACCUGAGCGAGCUUGAGGAGGCACGGAGACAAGUCCAGCUCAGGACAGCACAUAGACAUGCCCGCAACAGAGAGUCUCCAGAAUCUGAGGAGAAUAGAGACAGUCACAGACUUACAAAGCAGGGUAGUCUUCGUAGAAGAAUCAGCGCCUCUAUUAUUACAAAUCAGACAAAUGAGAAGAAGAAGAAAGAGAGGAAGCGUGGGGGUAAAAAGUCCUCCUCGUCGUACCCCUCGCCCACUCCCAGCUCUGAGUCCAGCAUUUGUGUGCUUGACAGCAGCUUCACUGAUGACCGGACCCCUGAUCCAACAGAAACGGCUGAAGCUCAUUCAGAAAGUGACAUUAUAACUCCUCCUGUUGAACCUCCUCCUGUUCUAGUAGUGAAGCCUCCUUCUGACCCAAAACCAGAAGAUCUGCUCCCUAAACCAGAGUCUGCUGCUAAUGUAUCAAACAAAAACUCCACAAGUGAAACUCUUCGUCAGCGACACAGAUGGAGAGCUGCUCUGGCUCGAAAGAAAUCUGACAGAAAAAAUACACUUCUCAACCAAAGGACUCCAGCUGCCAGGUGUGGCUCUCAGUGCAAAGGGACACACUGGAUGUACAGGUGCCGCUGGGCUCUUCUCUGCCUUUAUCUGUCUGUAUUUGUCUGUUUCAUCAUAAUAUUUUACUACUUAUUAUUGCAAUACGAGGAUUCUGAGUCUUACUAAUGGCAUAUAUUGUGUGUAUGUGUGUGUGUAGAUUAAACCAUAAAUCUAACUUUUUAAACAUAGCCUCUUGACUUUUCAAUCAUUUUAGGCACAAAACAUACUGAACUCAUUUUAUUAUAAAUAUACAAAAAAUAUCAAAACUGAUACUUGGUUAGUAACAAAAUACCUUAUUGCAGUCUGAACAUUCAAUAAACCACCUUCAGUUGUGAUUAGUAUCAGUCAAUAACUGUUAGCUUAGUUCUUUCUUUUAUAGACACAAUAGUAGACAAUAAAAUGCAGUUGUAC